CCAUUUCCGUCCAAACAAACAUCUACCUUCACAGGCAAGGAGAGAGAGUGAGACAGAGGAGCAAACAAUUGUAUCUCUUUCCCGCUCACUCUUUGCCCCUCAGGAAAAGGAAAUCAGAGAACAAAGACAGCGAAAAGAACAAAAUCUGUAGAGCAAUACAUUAUCACUGCCAUUAACGCCAGGCAAGAUCUAUCUACAUCUAGGCUGGAGCCAGAGAAGAAAAAGAUAAUAUAUGGAGGGCGGCGCAGGAAGAGGUUUGGAAUGCCAGAAGACUAUGGAUGGGAAGGCGAGUAACGGGAAUGGCUCGGAGAAGGUUAUACCAUCUUGUUGCUUGAAGGCUAGGGCUUCAGUCCCUGAGCUCGAGGCAAAAUGCCAUUCUACUGUUGUUUCUGGGUGGUUUUCAGAAACUCAUUGCUCUGGGAAAGCUAGCAAAAAGGUUUAUUUUAACAACCCGAUGUGGCCUGGAGAAGCCCAUUCACUAAAAGUGGAAAAGGUUUUGUACAAGGGAAAGUCAGACUUCCAAGAGGUCCUUGUUUUUGAGUCCUCAGCCUAUGGGAAAGUGCUUGUACUGGAUGGCAUUGUUCAACUGACGGAGAAAGAUGAAUGCGCCUACCAGGAGAUGAUUGCUCAUCUUCCUCUUUGUUCAAUUCCGUCCCCCAAAACUGUUUUGGUUGUUGGUGGUGGCGAUGGUGGUGUUCUUAGAGAAAUUUCUCGCCAUAGCUCUGUGGAGCAAAUUGAUAUAUGUGAGAUAGAUAAGAUGGUCAUUGAUGUCUCUAAAAAGUUUUUUCCCGAGUUAGCUGUUGGAUUUGAGGAUCCUCGCGUUCACCUUCAUAUUGGUGAUGCUGCUGAUUUUCUUCGGCAUGCACCCAAAGGGAAGUAUGACGCUAUCAUUGUUGAUUCAUCAGAUCCUGUGGGUCCUGCGCAGGAGCUUGUGGAGAAGCCUUUUUUUGAGACAGCAGCGAGAGCAUUAAGGCCUGGUGGUGUUCUUUGUAACAUGGCAGAAAGCAUGUGGCUCCAUACACAUCUUAUUCAAGAUAUGAUCUCUGUUUGCCGUGAAACAUUCAAGGGUUCUGUUCAUUAUGCCUGGGCUAGUGUCCCAACAUAUCCAAGUGGUGUGAUAGGAUUUCUUAUAUGCUCAACUGAGGGGCCUCCUGUUGAUUUUGUAAAUCCUGUCAAUCCUAUUGAGAAAUUAGAAGGAGCUCUCAAGCAUAAAAGAGAACUAAGGUUCUACAACUCAGAGAUGCAUUCUGCUGCCUUUGCCUUGCCAUCCUUUCUGAAAAGGGAGGUGAGCUUGCUUCGUAAUUCUCCGACCCCGGCACAAGGAAUCUGUGUUUCCUAGUUUAUCAUUAGCAGGCCUAGUUUGAUUUUUCAGAUAAUAUGGAAUUAGUCCCGCAUUGGAAAGUAGACGCUGGGUGAUUAUUGCACAAGUGUAGAUGGGGCAGUAAGCUCUGUUCUAGCUUUUAGUGAGGAUAUCUAUUCUUGCCUGUAAUAUUAUCGCCUCCAACAAUCAAUUUGUGGGUAACUACUUUUAUAAUAUACUAGCUUUGUGUCA